AUGGCCACCGAACUUGCCGUCCAGAGCGAGCGCGCUUACCAGAAGCAGCCUCACAUCUUCCAGAACGCCAAGAAGGUCCGCAAGACUGCCCGCGCUGGCAAGAACGGCCGCAGAUGGUACAAGGACGUCGGUCUGGGUUUCAAGACCCCCAAGACCGCCAUUGAGGGCGACUACAUCGACAAGAAGUGCCCCUUCGUCGGCGAGGUCUCGAUCCGUGGCCGUAUCCUGACCGGCACCGUCAUCUCCACCAAGAUGCACCGCACUCUGGUCAUCCGCCGCGAGUACCUCCACUUCGUCCCCAAGUACGCCCGUUACGAGCGCCGCCACAAGAACCUCGCCGCACACGUCUCGCCCGCUUUCCGUGUCGAGGAGGGUGACCAGGUCACUGUUGGCCAGUGCAGACCUCUCUCCAAGACCGUCAGUCUCCCUUGUAUUCAUACCAAGCAGAAAAGAGAGAGAGAAUUAACACCAACAACANNGGUCCGCUUCAACGUCCUCCGCGUCCUUCCCCGCACCGGCAAGGCCGUCAAGCAGUUCAACAAGUUCUAA